CUUCGAACUGGACACGAGAACUUCUACGUGUUUUGCGCGCCUUCGGCGAAGAAGACGUGUGCUGUGGCGCCAUGGCCGGCCUAGCGGGAUUGGUGCCUUUAGCCUUUAACCUGGACGAUGAGACUCCAGCAUUCCUGCUCGACAGUGAGGCAGAGCGACUGGAGUCCUUCUCAGAUCGGGAGUCCACGGAGGGAAGGCCUGGAGCCUUUUGCUGUUUGGCCUGGGAAUGGCUUGAUGCUUCCCUUCCGGAGUCUGUUUACAAGCUUGAGGUUCUCCGCGUGGUUCUGGCUAUCCUCCUUGGCAUUGUGCUCGUUGGUGUGCCCAUCGUCCUGCAGGAUUUCCCAGAGCCGCAAGCACUGUCUUUCUUCGCGAUUAUCGGGCUAUAUGUGGCAUGGGCGCUUGUACAGAACAAACUGGUGAGGAUUUAUAGUUCCUCUACUCGUCCAACACAGGUGGGUCGGAUUUGGGCGCAGCUCACAGCAGAGCAAGUGGAUCAUCUCGGCUCACACAAUGACCUUGGUGAGUUCUACUUCCAGGUUUGGCAGGUCACACGCCCGCGCCGCCGACGGCGCUCACCAGCUGCGGUCUCCGUCCGUGACAUGGUAGGUGUACAAGUUUUAUCACCAUUGCGUUCGGUGACGAGCUGCUGUUGCUGUUAUCAAGACUUUGCCGAAGCCGAGCCCGAGAAUCCAGCGAUCGUCCUGCAAUGCGGCCACAUGUUCUGCCUCAACUGUAUUGCCUGCUGGUCGAGCUCCGGCAGAAGUAAUUCCGGCACAUGCCCGGUGUGUAGAUAUGAUUUCUCUGCCGAGUUGUAGGGGGAGACCACUGUAGAGUACUGUAGAUUGGGGGCGUCCCAUGAUCUGGAACAGUCGG